CAUGUCGGCGGCAGCGUUUCGGUACCGGUACCCAUGAGCGUGUAGCUCGCAGCGUUCGCGUGCCAAGCGUGUGCGGGACGUUAAAGCAACGUGCGCGAGCCACCAUCAUCAUCGGCGCAUUCUUCGGCGAUCCAUUCUCGACGUCGUCCGCUAGACAUUUUCUCAUUUCUUACAAUAUAAUACGAACAGGGGCGUACUGAAUACAAAACAAUGCAACUUUCAAGUAAACAGUAAUUUUCAAAGUUUGUAAAACUUUUUCAAACACACAAGUCUUCAAGAAUUUAAAUAUAUUGAAGUUGCUAGGUGUGUCAACUGUGAAAAUUAAUUAACUGAUGCGCGCAAUUCCCCAAAGUGAUCGAAAUAAAUUCACGACAGUCGUGCGAAGGCGUGGGCGUGCUAAUUAAUUGAAUAAACCAGCCGCGUCUGUGGCUCUUGUGCAGUGGGACAACGUUGAAAUAGCUAGAUACACUCCUGAUCUGAUCACAGCUCGACUCCAAACGACUUAAGCCAGAUUAGUGGUGGGAGAUUGUAUGGCAUUGCGGCGUUGGGCGAGUUGUCUUGACGCGACUGCUUCUUAAGUUCUGGCGAGUUCAGCGCGUUGAGCGUCGCGCCAGUGCCAGCGCAAAGUCGGACCAGGCAGCUUAAAGUUAAGUCAAGUACGUGCCCACAGUGUUUUAUUCGGUCGGGGCGCGUUGGACUUUUCGCCGAAAUCGUGUGCGUGCUUCUUAUUCAUUUAAGAAGUGUGUAAGGCUGGUUAUAAAGCGGCAUUCGCAAAGAUUCAAUCAACGCGCGCGUCGUUUCGCGCUUAAUGCAAUUAGACAUCCAGUGGCGAGUGGAAAGAAGCCGAAAAUCGCGAGUUACAAGUGCGAUGCGAGUGCGUCCCUAAAAAGCACGCGAAGCAGAGAUGUGGAGUCAGGAGCCUGCGGACGUGAGGAAGUGAUAUUAUUCUGCUCGUCGACCUCCGUUUGCUAACCACUGCCGCCGCCGCCAUGGAAUCGCUGACCAACAAUAACAUGAUGUCUUCAUUACCCGAGGAGCGAGGAUGGGAAUUCAAGCAAAUCACCGUGACGCGCGUGCCGGGCUAUGGAUUUGGUAUCGCCGUGUCAGGCGGGCGCGACAAUCCUCACUUCGCCUCUGGCGAUCCGAGCAUCGCAGUCAGCGACGUGCUCGCUUCCGGUCCCGCGGAACGCAUGCUGCAAGUUAACGACCGUAUUAUUUCCGUCAACGGCAUCUCCUUGCAGAACGUCGACUAUGCCACUGCAGUGCAGGUUCUCCGCGACUCGGGGGACACCGUGGUUUUGGUCAUCAAACGCCGCAACAGCCAUCACCAACACCAGCAUAGUCUUAGUGCAUCCUAUACUUCGGCUCCACUUGCUGCUCUUGGUCUCAGCCCACCAAAAGUAACUCUCACCAAAAACUCCAAAAAGGAAGAUUUUGGAAUUGUACUGGGAUGCAAAUUAUUUGUAAAAGAGAUCUCCACGAAAGCCCGCGAGCAGUUGAUGAAUACGAAUCAACUGUUGAAUGAAGGGGACUUCAUCACAAAGAUCAACAACACCAGUUGUAAUGAUCUUAUGUCAUUGAAGGAGGCAAAGAAGAUCAUAGAUAGCACGAAAGACAAGUUGCACCUGUCGAUCGCUCGAGAUUUUGUCCCACCGAGCAAUUUAUCCAGCAACAUCUCUCAUCAGGCACAGAGUAGUGUCAGCACAACUGGAGCGGUGAAUAAUUUUUACAAAGGCGAUGAUUUCUUAACGUCUGGUACGAGUUACUCCAAUCAAAACCUCUACGUUCAACCGCCGACGCGCAAUCCAAAUUUGAACACUAAUGGUUUUGAUCAUGACAAAGUGGAGGCGAGUGGAUCCGCCGAGGACAAGAGCAAUUUGGUGCCUAGAAGUCGUCGAGGUGGCGAACCACCACCCCAUGCCCAGCAUGGCCAACACACACCCGAAAAUAGAAAUAGUAUAUAUGGUAGAAGCAAAGGACCUGUUGAUGAACCCCCUAGACCGCCGCCUCCUCGAGCGGAGGACUACUACAGUUCAAGGAGACAGCUCUAUGAGGAUGAUCCAAUUAUUCAAAAAUCUAAACAACCCAUUCCCGAUGCUCGAUUCAUCACAUUCCACAAAGAAGGAUCCGUGGGUAUCCGGCUCACAGGCGGCAACUAUGUCGGAAUAUUUGUCACUGCUGUUCAACCAGGCAGUCCAGCUUCACUUCAAGGUCUUCAACCAGGCGAUAAGAUCCUCAAGGUGAACGACAUGGACAUGACCGGAGUGACACGGGAAGAGGCCGUACUCUACCUUCUCAGCCUGCAGGACCGCAUUGAGCUUAUCGUGCAGUACUGCAAAGAAGAGUACGACAAUAUUGUCGCUUCGCAGAAGGGUGACAGUUUCUACAUAAAAACCCACUUCCAUUACGACACACCCGCUAAAGGGGAAAUGUCCUUCCGCAGUGGUGAUAUAUUCCGCGUGAUUGAUACUCUGUACAACGGGGUGGUCGGUUGUUGGCAGGUGUAUAGGAUAGGGCGCAAUCACCAGGAGGUACAGAAAGGCAUUAUUCCCAACAAGGCCAGGGCGGAGGAGCUUGCCACUGCACAGUUCAAUGCUACCAAGAAAGAAAUGUCAGCAAACGAAUCAAGGGGUAGUUUCUUCCGGCGUAGGAGAAGUUCCAAUCGGCGGUCGAAGAGCCUCGGAAAGGAGCACUGGGAUGACAUAUUAUUUUCGGACACCGUAUCGAAAUUCCCUGCGUACGAGCGAGUCAUACUUAAACACCCCGGAUUCACACGCCCUGUUAUCCUUUUCGGGCCGAUUGCGGAUGUUGCCCGCGAUAAGUUAAUUAAAGAUUUUCCGGAUAAAUUUAUCUCUCCACAACUCGAUAGCACGGUGGAGGAUGGUUCGAAGGGAAACAAACUCUCCUCGAAUAUUAUAAAGCUGUCGGCAAUACGCGAGGUGAUAUCGACUGGAAAGCACGCCCUGUUGGACAUCACCCCCAACGCCGUCGAGCGCCUCAAUUACGCGCAACUCUAUCCCAUCGUGGUGUUCUUCAAAGCGGAUACGAAGAUCGUCGUUAAACAAUUACGCCAAGGACUGCCAAAGUCGGCUCACAAGAGUUCCAAGAAGCUCUUAGAGCAAUGCCAAAAACUAGACAAAGUCUGGAGCCAUAUAUUUAGCGCCAACAUAGCACUCAACGACAACACGGAGACCUGGUAUCGCAAGGUGCGCGAGAUCAUCGAUAAGCAGCAAAGCGGCGCGCUCUGGAUGAGCGAGAGCAAGCCCGAAGAAUGUCUGUCCGAUGAUUUCCUGUUUCCCAUGUCGUCGUUGCGAUUGUCAUAUGCCAGUUCGCCGGAAAGCGACCUGGAGCAUAGUCCCGGCCCGCCAUUGUCGUCAAGUCAUGCGACCAACGGGCCGGGUGGAGGCGGCGGUCGACUAACCAAAGCCAGCUCCGAUCCCAGCGUUGUCAUGGCCGAUAACAGCACUACAGAUGUGCUACCACCAUAUCAGCCGACGUACGAUUCACGUUAUGGAUUUAACGGUCAGUCGAACCAGGAUCCGCCCACACCGACCAGCCCCACCAAGGAGCAGAGUUUCUUAUCGCCCAACUCGUCUGAUCACGUCAACAACAACUCCAGUGAGCCGAGUUACACGAAGCCGCCUGGUAUUAUGGCAUACAAUCAUUCAUCCAGCCAGAGUUUCGACGCCAAGCAGCAUCAUCACGGCAUGGAUUACAAUGAUAUCAGCAAGAACGUUGCGCACAAGCGACAAUCAUCAAAUCUACAUUAUAAAGGUCAUAGUAUGAGUGAGGCGACCCUCAAGGAUGCACAGAAUAUUUACGGGGGCGCACCUGAUCUUCCACCACGUGUGGAUCGCGCUGUUAAACCACCGCCGAAUGUUCAAACAACGCCAAGCAAACAAAAUGGCCGGUCCGCACAUGAGCGACUUUUCGGCACCAAGGCUCCAGCCGACGGUGAACCGAUUGAUGCUUUCGGACAAAAACUGGGCUCUUUGGACAGGAGUCAGAAUAGCAAGUCGGAUUCGCUUUCAAGUUACGACUCGUUCAAUAAUCCCAAACAUCGCAUUAUACCCAACGCGCACGAUGAUUUAAAGACCACCCUUAGCAAGAUUGAUUCGGGCGUUCCUGGGAGUCCGUCAAAGUACAACCGGUGGGAGGGUAGCGCACCCAACCAUCGACAUGAUCGCCUUGGUUCCAAGUUGGACUUAAAAUACUCGCAGCAGAAUCUGAAUGGAGACAGUGGUCUUUCAAUGGGGAUUGAUAGCCCUCGAAAUUCUAGGGAGAUGGAUGUUGGACCCCUGGAUCAACAAAUCAGCCGAACUCCAGAGAGACACGAUAUGUACCGAUAUAACCGAUCCCCUGCCAAGCAAUCCAUGCCUCAGAAACAACACAUUGAGACAAAGACUGAUUAUGGAAAGUACAGUCGCAAUAAUGGCCCUCCCGAAUACACACGUACCAGCCAUCAAGAUCUUUCUCAAUCACAUCUAAGUAUUCACCAACCUCUACAACAAUCUCCUAUGAAAAAUCCACAUCAAGGCCAUGGUCCAGCACAGCAGGGACAACAACAGAUAAUGAAUGGCCAAUUUGCGGCCGAAAACGGCACCAACGGAAACGCGAAUCCUAACUCCUACAAACCCAUACCGCCUCCCAAGCCUAAAAACUAUAAGCCGCCAUAUAAGAACUCGCCGAACAACUUCAACGAUGGUCCCAUGCAACAGAUGCACUAUCAGCACAACAAGAGCCAUAGCAAUCCAGUGGAUCAAAGACUUCCCAUGAACUCCACCAAUCACAAUUAUUACUACAAUAUGCCUCAGUCGCAAGGGCAGCAGGGCAACGCCGGGUGGCAUACCGAAACUGCCGUCCGGUAUAAUGCCAAUAUCCAUGGUCAUUACGACAUGGCACCCGCUUAUGAACGCCGCCAUCCGAGUAUUUCCUACGCCAGCCGUAGCGAAAUCGCUCCAAUUGCUCAGCAAGAAAUGUCCUACGGUGGAGGCAUGGGAAUGGACAUCCAUCAAGGUGAUAUUCUGGACACACGUUCCCCCGAUCGGCACAAUAUUGUCGACUUGCAGGGAUCGCGGGAACAGCGAGGAUCUGCCUUUGAGCUGUACCGCAAGCCCGUGCACCAUAAUUUACGGGUUGGGGAGGAAAAGAAUGCUUUGUACGGAUCGCAACCUAAUCUAGCAAAUAACGCGCACGAUAACAGUCCGUCGUCGACACUCUCGGCUAGUACUAACACAAAAGCGGCGCGCCGCGUCGCGAAGGCACAAUCAUUCAAGCACCAGAAGAGCGACGGCGUCUCGACGCCCAAGUUCUUCCGCAAGCUGCUGAGCAAGUAUCGCGAGUCGCCGAGCAAAAAGCGCGACCGCAUCCCGGAGAAUGAGGCGCGGAAUGAUUACAAUCGCAACCGGUGCGAGCCACCACCACCUCCGGCGCCGGAGACGCUCACCGCCGGCGUGGAUUACGUGCGCGCCAAUCAGCGCGACGUGACCAGUGCCGUGGUGGACGCGCGCGGCGCCACGCUGGUGAACAACUACUGGGGCGUCUCACUCGAAAUACCCCCUGACGCCAUCCCCGAAGGCGUCCAGCAGGAAAUUUACUUCGUGAUCUCCGAUCCACGCUUGUGCGAGAACUCGCCGCCGCUGGACCUGGAAAACGGUGAAACCAUGCUGUCUCCGCUAGUAAUGUGCGGCCCGCAAGGAACCGAAUUUCUCAAACCGGUCGUUCUACACAUUCCACACUACGCUAACACGCUGCCCAGCCUCGGUAUCAGCUUGAAAGCCACUGACUCCGAGACGGACAUUUGCACCGACUGGGACAACAUCCUGCUGCCAUCGAAUCACGCGGCCAAUAGCGUCGCUGUUAAAGUCGACCAUUUCUAAUUGCUUACUAUUAUAACUAAAUGUAAUUGUAACAUAGACUUGCUCAUUUUUAUACGAAACAAGCGAAACUUAAGCAAAGAUGUACGUGUAUACAUUAACGUUAGUAAAUUAUGUCGAAAAGCGCGAAGCAAAAUUGCAAUAUUUACACAUGUGCAUGAACAUUGUGAUUAUAAAGAUUCUUAUUAUACAUAGUUGUAACUAGCCCAUAAGUUUGAUAUACAUAUUCAUAUUUUUGUAUUCAGUUCUGAGAGGCAGGACAAUAUCCUGUUCUUUUUGAGAGAAAUAAACGAAAGCGUUGCCAGAAUGAAUACAAAA